AUGGGUGUGGGUAACUUGGGCUUCAUACACAUGUUCCUGAAGUUCAGCUCCUUGCUGGGAUUCGUGCCCUUCUGCGAUGCCAAUGGACGACCUAAAAGUCUUCUGUUUAACCAAAUCCUAGCCAUCAUCAUCUGCUUGAUCACUUUAGCAUCGAAGCUAUAUUUCGAUUCGAUUAAGUAUCCCAACCUAGUCGAACCAGACUUAAUCGUGAAGAUUGGUUGCAUCAAAGACGGUCUGCUCACCUGCACCAUUUUAAAUGGGUUUCUAUCGGCGAACGUUGUGAGCGUCAGAAACUAUUUGCAAUUGCGAUAUUUGACCAACGAGAGCUGCAAAUUGUAUUGCACCAACACGAAUAGAUUGAAGCCGUUCUUCAUUAUAGUAGCUUACAACUUUUACAUUAUCAGUUUGAUUGUUUACGAUUUGUACGCUUCGAAGAAUUACGUGGAAGGAAUACACAUCUUCGUAAACAUCGAAACUUACCUUGCCUACAUGUUUGUCUUAUACAUACUGGCUUAUUUUGUGUUCAUUGGAUGCACUAUAGAGAAUUUCAAGAAGAAACUAGACGAUUGGUCGUCGAUUUAUCCUUUGAAUUUGAAAGAGCUUCAGGUCAUCAGCUCUUCGUCGCAAAUAUUCUGCGAUUUGAUUAAUAACUUUACUAAAGUGUAUGGAAUGCAAGUAUUUUUGGUUAUGAUGCUUUCGCUGCUGGAUAUUUUAAUGACCAUAAAUACCAUACUGAGCGCAGAACUGCAAGACUACCCGAAACUUGUAGAAAUAUUUGUUUGGUGGACUAUAACACUAUUCAUACCAGGCAUAUCUGCAGCUUAUUUGUGCGAAACUAUUAAAUCUAAUGUGCAAGACGUCUUGGAUCUAUGCUCGAGAAACAUCUACCGUUAUGAAGGAGAUAUACAAAAGGAAUUUAAAUUGCUCGCCAAUCAAAUAGUUUUAAGAUCUCCAAAGAUGUCAGCUGCUGGAUUUUUUGUCAUCGAUCAUAGUUUGCUUUUCACACUUUCCAAUAUGCUGGUCACUUACUUAGUAGUUUUAGUUCAAUUAACCCAUAGCUAA